AUGAUGGAAGCCCCCUGCAAGCGGAGGCGCGGCGACGACGACGAAGAUGCCGGCGACCGGGACAGGCUGAACGCGCUGCCGGACAGCCUCCUCCGCGAGGUCAUGUCCCACAUGAAGGCCCGGCAGGUGGUGCAGACCUGCGUGUUGGCAAGGAGGUGGAGGAACCUCUGGCGCUCCAUGCCCUGCCUCGACGUCGACCAGGAUGAGUUCACGACCGCGGGCGUCAGCGUCGUCUACUCUGACCACGAGGGCUGGGAGAGGUUCGAAGACUUCAUGGACACCCUUCUGUGCCCUGGCAACGUCUCCAUUGCCCUCCUGGACACGCUCCGGCUGCAUGCCAGCAGUAUGGGCGAGGAUAGGCGAGCGUCCAGAUGGAUCCGCCGUGGCAUAAAGUACCCCCACGCCGGCCAGGAACCUGGCCUUCAGCGUGGGGCACCGAGCUGUAGUUCCUGGCGCCUCAGGAGGCUGCACCUCUCCAAUUUGUAUCUCUGCAACCUUCUCGCUGAGCAUGUCAGGUCAAGGUGCCCAUCUUUGGAGGACUUGGAGCUGGAGAGUUGCACCUGUGAAUUUCCAGCGAUCGCCUCCAGAUCACUGAAGAACUUGGUCCUGAAACGCUGCGCGUUGAAAGGAUUUCGUGAGAUCACGUCGCCCCCGACUGAAGAACCUGUUUAUCAAUGGUGGCUAUGA